GGUCGUCAUUGCUGUGGUUUAGUAAACAACGUAUGAAAACAACGGCAACGUAAAUAAAACGUAAAAUGGCAUUAUUGCACGCAUCAAAAACAUAUUACAGAUUUGUCGUCCUUUUCUUCAACUGUAUGCUAACAUUUGGGUCAUACUACUGUUUUGACAUGCCAAGUGUGUUACAGACUCAGUUUACACAGAGUCCAAACUGUAGUACAGGCAACACCACAGAAGGCAAUACUACUGACUGCUGCACAGACUGCUUGGGAAUGAGUCCAAGUGACUACAACUUGCUAUACGCCAUUUACGCUUGGACAAAUGCAGUCGUUGUCAUUGCAGCUGGUUUCUUUGUUGAUAAAGUUGGUAAUGUGGUUGGUGUACUAUUGUUUUCUUUACUGUGUCUCUUGGGAUCAGCAACGUUUGCUCUUGGUACAACCUUUCAAGGAACCACCACAAUGCUCCCCAUUAUGCUCUUUGGACGUCUACUCUUUGGGUCAGGAAACGGGUCACUGACAAUUGUACAGAACAGAAUAACGGCGUUCUGGUUCGACGGUAAAGAACUCGCAAUGGCCUUUGGGCUGACACUCGCCUUCUCCAGGCUAGGCAGUGUGCUAAACUUCCUCCUCACAGAGAGCUUCGAGGAAAGAUUCGGCUUACAGUUAACACUGUGGGCUGGGAGCGUACUGUGCGGUGUUGGAUUCGUAUCAGCACUGAUUGUCAGCGUGCUGGACAAGGGCGGAGUAAAACAGCUUGGACUUGAUAAAAAGCAGAGUUCAGAUUCCAAGAAACUGCGGUUCACGGACAUAAAGUAUUUUUCGCUCGGCUAUUGGCUGUUGGCGGUUUCCAUAAUGUUCUUCUACAAUGGUAUAUUUCCAUUUGUUGCUGAUGCUAGCAAGUUCAUUCAAGACAAGUAUGAUUACAAUGAGCAAAAGGCAGACUACAUGGUUGGGGCUGUGUAUGAUGUUUCCUUGUUGAUGUCCCCUUUUCUUGGAGGAAUCAUUGAUGUUGUGGGCAAGCGUGGUAUCCUGGCAAUGGCCUGUGCCUUGUUAUCAAUCCCAGUGUUUGGGCUACUAGCUUUCAGCAAUGUUUAUCCACUGGCAGUCAUGCUGUGGCUGGGAGUAACUUAUUCUGUUGCUGCAGCAAGCAUGUGGCCUUCUAUUCCGCUAGUUGUUGGGCAGGCGUAUGUUGGCACGGCUAUGGGUAUUACGACAUCUAUACAGAUGGUGGGAAUAGGAAUUUCUAAUGUCAUUGUGGGAGCGAUUUUAGGAAAGAAUGAAACCCUAUCUAGUGAGGAGACCUUGAAGAGGUGGAAGUACGUGAUGAUAUUCCUACUAGGAAACACAUUGCUGUGUGUGGUCACUACUCUGCUCCUAAACAUCAAUGACAAGCGAAAGGGAGGCGUUCUGAAUCGCAGCCGGCGGGAAAAGCGUCGCGUGGACGAGGUGCGGCGCCUGCACGCCGACGCCACCUCGCGGGACGCGUCCGAAUCCACCGCUUCGGUCGCCAGCGACGACGACGACGAGAGACGCGCGCUGUUACAGCCACUGCCGUCGACGCAAGGGGGCGCCAGUGUCAACUACACCGGGUGAACGCAGACGAAGAACGAUUACCUUAACGAAGGCUGCAUGGACUACCUACUGUGAUUUCUGCUUCUGCAUUCUGGCCUACAGUGCAGUCGAGCUAUCUGGCUGAGCAAGCUAAAGCUCCCUCCACUCCGCCUCGGAUAUUGUUGCUAGAUCGGUCAAGUUAGACCGGUUUAUACGUGUUUUUCUUUCCAAGUUGUCGACUUUGCGGCACAUUGUUGCUAAGCAAUGUUUUUUCGAACACGCCCUAUUACAAUGCCACUUGGCUACAGCUGCCGAAAAAAUAUAUUAAAGUUUCUUAGUCUGUCACAGUGCGACUGAGAUUUAUUUUCUACUAUUCUGCUGCUACUAUACUAUUGUCUCUACUAAUGUCAUAGCUUUACUAAAUUAACACUGAAUCACAUUGAUCACCAUGUGAAGAAACAUGUGGUUAUAAAACAUUUCCUUUACUAGAGAAUGUACUGUGUUUAUAUUGUUGGUGUUUGAUUUAUAAUCAUUUAACUAUUUGUUGUGUGUUUGUAAGCAAGAAUUUAAUUAGGCUCUAGAAUAAUAUUGCAUCUAAUGGCAAUAUCAAAUAUAGAUAUAUAUAUAUAUAUCUAAUAUACUUGUCAAGAAAUCUCAUUUUUACGUAAAGAUGUUAGGAAACAUUUUUUCCCUAUCGUUCUAUAAUUGUCGUCUAAAUCUACACUUUUACAUAGAAGAACGGGUGGCUACAAAGAGAGCAGCAUGUUUGCAAUGCAUGUUUGCGUUAUACAUAUCAAAAUGUGUCAAAGAUGGAAGAUUGGUGUUUAUUACGUGUAUUUUCUAAUUUCACUGGUGACAAUUAUAUAAUAAAAAAGUCUGGUUAAUCAAACUGAGUUGCAAUGGAUAUAUCUAUGAUGUUGAUUUACAACAUCAUGGAGUGGUGAUUUCGAUCAGAGGGUCAUUGAAAAAAAUCUAAUGUAUUACAGCAGCAAUUAUGCUGUAACUUUGUAUUGAUGAUGUAUUAUAUCCAUAUGUAGAAUCAGGAGUACACGAGCUCCUGAUAUGUGUUUUGAUAAAAUCAUAAGAAAAACUCCAUAACAAAUAGUGUUUGUUGGUGUGUUUGUACUACACUAAUAAAGAAAUACUAUAUAAUUUUA